UUUCUUUUUCUUUUCCUAUUUCUCAAGGAAACGAUAAAAAUAAUGCUAUCGUGUGAAGUUCAAGAUCAACUUAGAAGUCCCACGUAUUGACUCCUACCUCAGAAACACGACCAGUUAGUUACACGCAGCUUCUCCCGAUCUCUAUUCCUGUGAAGUUUCUCCAGUUGUUUCCUUAACCAAGAAGCUAAGUUACACUGGACAUAAAGGAAGAAUCGAACCAAUCUUACAUUUGCUGCCAUUUAAGACCAUAGACUCGUAUCAAACGCGUUACAUCUAAUCCCAUUCUCUCUCCUUUUACUUCUCUACCAUCUAUAAAAGUAGCACCAAAGAACAAACUUUUUUCUGACUUUCUUGGAGUUCUUCUGCUUCUUAGUGAAAAGGAUAACUUAGAGACAUUAAAGGCUUAUUGACGCGGAGGACAAUUUUGGAGAUGGAAGACAAAAAUGCUGGUGUUUCCAGGGAAGAAGGAAAGAUGGAAAAGGAAGAAAUUCAUCUCAAAGUCGAAAAGAAGAUAAAGAAGUCUGAUGAAGUAAAAGAGAAAACUGAGGUGGAACUCGAUUUGAAGACCAAAUCAGUUGAGAAAGAAAAACCAAAGCAGAAGAUGGACAAGGAUAAAGAGAAGAAACACAAGGACAUGCAAGAAAAGAAAGAUAAAGACAAGUUGACCAAGAGCGAGUCGAAGGAAAAACACGAAGAUGAAAAAGGGGAAGAGAAAGAAGAUGACUCACAAGAUGUAGAGGAAGAGAAGAAACACAAGGAAAAGAAAGAGAAAAAGGAUAAAGAGAAGAAAGAUAAGUUCAAGAAUGAGUUGGAGAAACAAAAGGAGGAGAAAGAUGCCGAGAAAGAGAGGAACCAGGAUGAAGAGAAGAAACCAAAAAAGGAAAAGAAGAAGGAUAAAGAUAAAGAAAGCAAAGGAAAGGAAGACAAGAGCAAAGAGGAGUUAGAGGAAAAGAAGGAUGAUGAGAAAGAGAAGAAACACAUGAAGGAAAAAAAGAAGGACAUAGAUAAAGAAAAGAAAGACAAUAAAAAAAAGGAGUCGAAAGAAAAGGUUGAUGAGAAGGGGGAUGAGGAUAAAGAUAAGAAACACAAGAAGGAAAAGAACAAGGGCAAGGAUAAAGAUCAAGAAAAGAAAGACAGGAGCAAACAGAAGCUGGAGGUAGAAGGUGAGGAAGAGAAGGAUGAUAAGAACGACAAGAAGGACGAUGAGAAGAAAGCUAAGAAGGGAAAAAAGGAGGACAAAGAUGAAGAAAAGAAAGAAAAAAGCAAAGAGGAGUCUUUGGAAGAAACAGGGAGGAAGAAGGAUAAAGAGAAGAAACACAACAAGGAAAAGAAGGACAAAGAUAAAGAAAAGAAAGACAAGAGUGACGUGGAGUUGAAGGAGGAAAUGGAGGAAGAGAAGGACGGCGGUAAAGAGAAAAAGAAGCAUAAAGAGAAGAAACACAAGGAAGAGAAGGAGAAAGGAAACAAAACCAAGAACAGAGAGGAGUUAGAGGCAGAUGAUGAAGCGCAUGGAAGAAAAGAGAAAGAAACUAAGAAAGAUAAGGAAAAGAAAUGCAAGGAGGACAAGGAUAAGGUUGAUGAAAAGGGACAUGAAACUGAAGUCACUACUAGGGAGAUAAAAAUAGGCGGAGGAAAUAAAAUGUCAGAUACGGAAGCAGAACAUGAAAGCCAACAAAAGCAGAAAGGAAAGGAAGGUAAAGAUGAGAAAGAGAGCGACAAGAAAAAGGAUAAAAGUGAGAAGAAAAGGAAAACUGAGGAUAUAUAUAAAAGCAAAGAUCUGAACAAGUUAAAAACGAAGUUGGAGAAGAUCAAUGGAAAAAUUGAAGCACUUCAACAGGAAAAGGCAGACAUCCUGAAAAUGAUAAAAGAAGCAGAUGCUAAAGAGCUAGUUGUUGCUGAAAGCCCCAAGGAUGCAGAGAAGGCCCAAGAAGCAGCAGUGGUUUAACAGUGAGUUACAAUAUACAUUCUCAUACUAUGUCUAUGAUAUAUGAAUCUUUUGUGUCUGUGAUGUAGAGGUAUGGUUUUUCAUUUAUCGUUAGAUCAAGUGUUAUCUAUUUCUUACUUAGUGUUAUAUAUUUCUACAUGUUGUUUAGCUUUCUUGAAGUUCUA